CUCGACAGCCUCCUCCAGGUAUUUUCCUUGCAAUUGUUCUUCGCAAGAAUGCAUUCCUUUUGAUUCACUCUCUCUUCGGGUUAUUUGAAAAUGCCAUUGGUGACUUGUCAUGAAGUGUGGGCUUUUUGAUCGGUACAAUUGCCAGAUAAUACCACUCGCGCCUUGAACAACCACGUCCCACUCCCCCAAUCCGCCCUCUGACGGCCUACGGCAUUUGAGAGCAUGUCGGACUCCUCAACGCCCAGCUCCCCAGGGAUCAUCCAUGAAUUCCCCAGAGAUCGAAUUCAAGAACACAUCAAUGGCAGUGCUCGCGCGGAUCUGCAGCCCAUGUACAUCCCACCGCUAUACCUGCCUGGAGGGAAACGGGCACUUUCAGGGGUUUCGAUUCGUGCCUUUGCGUUGGGCAUUGCACUGGGCAUUUCUACGAUCCUGGCAGUGGAGCUGCUGUAUUGGGGCAAUGGACUUUGGAGGGCACCAUGCUUUGUUGCAACACUGGCCCUGUUUCACUACCUUGAAUUCGACAUGACAGCAAGAUAUAAUCCGCCGGAUGCCUCAAUCUCAUCCUUCCUCUUACUGUCGAAUGGCAUUGGGUAUGCCGCCGCCCACACCUCGGCCAUGCUCGAGCUUCUGAUCCGGUACUGGCUGUACUCCGACUACGCUCCAAUAUGGCUGAGGCUGCCAUUCCACAUCCCUAGGAUCUUCCCAUCAAUUCCUUCCUCGAUCACAGUUGGGUUGGGAGCCACUUUGAUCGUCGUGGGACAGCUUGUCAGAAGCGCCGCCAUGCGACAGGCAAAGACAAACUUCAACCAUGUCGUGCAAUGGACGAAGAGAGCAGACCAUGUCCUGGUGACAGACGGAGUCUAUGCCUUCUCAAGACAUCCAUCCUAUUUUGGAUUCUUCUGGUGGGGCCUGGGAACGCAGGUGCUGCUGGGGAAUCGCAUUUGCUUUGUAAUAUAUGCUGUGGUGUUGUGGAAGUUCUUCCACCACCGAAUUAUUCAUGAAGAAAGGCAUCUGGUUUCUUUCUUUGGUGAAGACUAUAUCGAAUACCGCAAACGCGUCCCCGUCCGCAUUCCAUUCAUUCGUUGAUGUUUUGGUCAAUCUUCAAGCUCACCAGCUUCCGGCAUUUUCAGCUAUUUUUGGGAUUCUUCUGCUUACGGUCUCGAGGGGCGACCUUAGACUUGGAUGCUGACUCGACCGUUUGGACUUUGACGGGAUAGUAUGUCGGUUUGGGUGUCUGGUCGAGCCAGGGAAUAUCAACCCCAUCAACAUUGUCUCGUACAAAAUGCAGAAGUGUUUCAGCGCCAGGUGUACCCUCCCCAACGCCCAGCACGCCGACACGAGGCUGGUGAAGUGCCCGAGCCACCUGCUCUUCGGCUUGUGACGACCAUUCCACUAGCCUCGCCCUGUUGGCCGCGGGUGCUGAGGUUGCCAACAGCAAAGGGAGGGAGGAUGUCAUUAUGUCAGGCAGAUUCUGGCGGCAGACAAAGACCACGGAAAGAUUUGCAGGUGCGUGUCCCGAAGCUGGGUCGGCGUCCGUCUGCUGAGACAGCACUGGGGGCUUCCGGGUGCGGGCUAAGGAUUCAAGCCUGCGGACUGUGCUAUUAAACCCGAGAGUAAUGUGGUCGUAAACAUCGGGCAUCCAUUCU